AUGGGUAACUUUAAGAUACCUUUCUUGUUCAUUCUUAUAGCAUGGUUCACUAUUUUUCAAGGACUUCUGGUAACUGUUAAUGGACAUUUUGAUUAUAAGGAUGCUCUUACAAAGUGUAUAAUUUUCUUGGAAGCUCAACGUUCCGGGAAACUCCCACCACACCACAGGGUACCUUGGAGAGGAGACUCUGCCCUUGACGACGGUAAACUUGAAAAUGUGGACCUUUGUGGGGGAUACUAUGACGCAGGAGACAAUGUAAAAUAUGGAUUGCCAAUGGCUUUCACCGUUACAACCCUAGCAUGGAGUGCUAUUGCUUAUAAAAAAGAGUUGCAUGCCGCCGGCGAGAUGGAUAAUGUGAUUGCCGGAAUCAAAUGGGGCACAGAUUAUUUACUAAAAGCCAGCCGUAAAAAAAACAUUUUGUAUGUGCAGGUUGGAGAUCCUGUAGCGGAUCAUGAAUGUUGGGUUCGACCAGAAAAUAUGAAGACACCAAGGACUCUGCUUAAGAUUGGUGCACAUCAACCUGGAACUGAGAUUGCUGCUGAAACAGCAGCUGCAAUGGCUGCUUCUUCCAUUGUUUUCAGACCCUGCAAUCGUACCUAUUCCCGUCGUCUCCUCAACAAAGCCAAACUGCUCUUCAAAAUGGCCAAAUCACACAAAGGAACGUACGACGGAGAAUGCCCCUUCUAUUGCUCUUUCUCCGGCUACAAUGAUGAGCUGCUGUGGGCUGCAACUUGGCUAUACAAGGCCUCCAAAAAGACAGAGUACAUGCAUUACAUAACAGACGAAUCUAUUAAUGCUAAUGUUGCUGAGUUUAGCUGGGAUCUCAAAUACGCUGGAGCCCAAGUUUUGCUCUCCAAGUUUUUCUUCGAAGGAAAUAAGGGUUUGACUACUCUAAAAAAUGGAGCUGAUAGUUUCAUAUGUUCUUCACAUCCUGAGAGCCCUUACCACCAACUUUACGUCACUCCAGGUGGUAUGCUUCACUUGAGAGAUGGAGCCAAUACUCAAUAUGUUACAGGCAUAGCUUUAUUGUUUGCAACCUACAGUGACAUCCUCAAACAUCACAAAGAAAAGGUUACCUGUGGAAGCAAGGAAUAUGACUCAGCCGCCCUCCUCAACUUUGCCAGGCAACAGAUGGAUUACUUGCUGGGGAACAACCCUCUGAAGAGAUCAUUCAUGGUGGGAUUUGGACAGAACCCACCAACACAACCACACCACAGAGGAGCUUCUGUCCCAAUGGCAGAAGCAAACGAGGAUAUUGCCUGCCCUAUGAGCUUUACAAAGUGGUUCCAGAAGACUGGACCAAACCCUAAUGAGCUAACCGGUGCAUUCGUCGGUGGACCUGACAAAUACGACAAUUUCAACGACAAACGAACUGAGUCAUGCUAUACCGAGCCAUGCACCUACGUGAAUUCUCAGGCAGUUGGUGUUCUAGCGAAGCUGGCAAGUGAAUGCCUGUAG